AUUGAAAUGCAAGUUGCAUUCGGUAUGGACGCUGAUAGGCGCAAGACGUCGUCACCGUUUUGAUAUUUAGCGGCAGUCCCGAACCGAGGGGCGCUUUGCCAAUACACAAAACAGUGUUUCAUUGCACAUUUACUGUAUGAUCAUCAAACCAACAUUGUGUCUGCACCACACCAAAGGGAGAUAAGAUCCAAAAAUGUCAUCAACAUCCAUAGUGACUCUAGCAUUGGUAUCAGCGAUCCUGCUAACAGGAUUUUCGAGAGAAGUGCAUUCCGCCAAAUGGUCCCACCACGAUUUAGAUGCGUGGCCUAAGUUAUGCCAAUAUGGGGAGAAGCAGUCACCCAUUGAUUUAGACGAAAGCGUGGCCAUAGAUCUUUCAGAGGAACCUUUCAAAUUGUUUGGUUAUUCCAGCGAUUAUGAAACGGUACUAAUGAACAACGGACAUUCAGUUGUUGUCAAUUUGGUGGAUGACAAUGCCAAGCCAAUCAUGAAAGGCGGUGGUCUCAAUGAUUCAUAUACUUUACAUCAUAUUCACUUUCAUUGGGGCUCUGAACAUACAUUCAAUGGCGAAAGAUUACCCCUGGAAGCACAUUUUGUCCACUAUGCUACACGCUUCAAAUCAUUAGAGGCAGCAGUCCAAGAGGAAAAUGGACUUGCUGUACUUGGAACUAUGUUUAAACUGUCUCCUGACGAUGUAGAGCCAAUUGAAUUUCUGACGGAAAUUAUGGAGCAAAUUGCAGAUUCUCCGAAUGUCGAGGUGCAAAUCAAUGGAACAAUCCGACCCAGGGAUUAUCUGCCCUGUGACCUGGCGGGAUUCUUUAGGUAUUCCGGAUCUCUGACGACUCCUGGUUGUAACGAGGUGGUGGUUUGGACCGUCUUCACAAAUGUCUUAACACUGUCUAAACAACAGGCCAAAUAUUUUGAGUUGAUCGACUUGGACACCUUCCGACCGGUACAGAAGUUGAACGAUAGACAACUCUAUUUGAAACGGAGUCCUAUUAAUUCAGCACAGACACAAUCUGCGCCCAUAAUACUUACACUAGCCGGAAUCAUAUUAUCCAGCAUUUAUUCGUUCUAGAAUUUAGUUUUUCUUACAUCCAAUACUUGUUGAUUAAUAUGUAUUUAUUAUAUAUAAAGCACUCUCCUGAACUUCGUAAAGUAACAAUUACCAAGUUUGUUAAAGUUCUUAUUUCACACAUUAUACGUAAUGUUUGUUUGAAUAACUAAAACUAUUAUUAGUAAUAACUACAGACCAAAAACUAUUUA